AUGGCUGAUGCUGUGAAAGCGACCCCGCCAACAGGAGCCAAAAUAGAGCAUGAAGGAGGUGAGAAGGGAGUCACUGCCACUCCAACUAUCACAGCUCCAUCCCAACGUACCACUACCAAGCCUAUUCCUAAUGAAGAAAAAGGGGCGAAGACAUCUGGACCAGAUAUCAGCGGCGAUGCCAGGAAUCUCGUUGCUAACGUCCCAGGACUAGAAGUUCGCGAUAUCAAGGACGACCCCGAGCUUGCAGUCUUUGGCAUUAUUCGCCCAUGGGAAUGGAAUUGGCUCGCGAAGUGGACACUGUAUUUGUCUCUGUACGGGGCCGAUAAUGGCGAUGCUGGAGACAGCAGCGACUCGACGAGCACGUCCGACUUCACCAGUGAUCCAACACACCCGAAGAUACCCGCGAUGAGAUCACAAUUACAUCUUCAAGUCCACCUACAGAACGAGUCGUCGUUCCUGGCAGUGAACUGA